ACGCUCGUAGGGGCGGCGCUUGCGUUGCCUGGAAGCGGCUUGGCUGCAAGCGGCGUCUGUCCAAGCCGGGGCUGAGCCCGCUGGGGCACGAGACCAUGAGUCAAGACGACAGAUUUGCUUUCAUUGCUGAAUGGUACGACCCAAAUGCAUCUCUCUUUCGACGCUUUGAGCUCUUGUAUUAUCCAAAAGAUGGAUCAGUUGAAAUGUAUGAUGUGAAGAACCAUCGCACCUUUCUGAAGCGCACUAAAUACGAUGACUUACACCUUGAGGAUUUGUUCAUAGGCAAUAAAGUUACUGUGUUUUCCCGACACCUUUCCCUAGUUGACUAUGGGGACCAGUAUACAGCCCGCAAGCUGGGCAGCCGCAAAGAAAGAACACUGGCUUUGAUUAAGCCUGAUGCAGGACCCAGGAUUGGAGAGCUAAUUGAUAUCAUUAUUAAUGCUGGGUUUACAAUAACCAAGGCCAAAAUGAUGGUGCUUUCACGGAAAGAAGCAAUGGAUUUCUACGUAGACCAUCAAUCCAGGCCUUUUUACAAUGAGCUUCUCCAGUUUAUUACAAGUGGUUCCAUUGUUGCCAUGGAGAUUUUAGGAGAUGAUGCUGUGUCUAAAUGGAAGAUGUUACUGGGACCUGCAAACUCUGGCGUGGCACAGACUGAAGCUCCGGAUAGCAUUCGAGCCACAUUUGGAAUAGAUGGCAUAAGAAAUGCAGCUCAUGGCCCUGACUCUAUUGCUUCAGCAGCUCAAGAACUGGAGCUGUUUUUCCCUUCAGGUGGAGGUCGCGGACCAGCCAAUAGUGCAAAAUUUAUAAACUGUACAUGUUGCAUCAUUAAGCCUCAUGCUGUUAAUGAAGGGCUCCCUGGAAAGAUUAUAAAAGCCAUCCUUGAUGAAGGAUUUGAGAUCUCAGCUUUGCAGAUGUUCAACUUGGAGCGUGCCACUGUGGAAGAGUUCUAUGAGAUUUACAAAGGUGUUGUUGCUGAAUACACUGAGAUGGUCACAGAACUGUGCUUGGGUCCUUGUAUAGCACUAGAGAUCAUUCAGCCUAAUCCUCCAAAAAUAUUCAGAGACUUCUGUGGGCCCUCUGAUCCUGAAAUAGCCCGUCACCUCCGGCCUGGAACUCUGCGUGCUCUUUUUGGUAAAAACAAGAUUCAGAAUGCUGUCCACUGCACAGAUCUACCAGAGGAUGGGCUGCUGGAGCAGUCUGAGCUUGAACCCGCAAUAAUGAGGAGCAUCAAUCAACACUGCUUUAUUAAUGAAGUGAAGCAGGGAAUGUGUCUUUCUGAUUGCUUGGCAAACGAGUAUUAUCAUGGAAAUGACAGGAGCCUUUCCUCUUGCUGGAAUGCAUGCACUUCUUUUAAUCUCUGUUUUGUAACUCAUGCAAUUGACUGAAAACUCAGCUAACCAAAAUAAAAAAAAGAACUUGUGGAUGCUUUUAGAUUCUAGUAUGUGCAAGAGCUUAUCAUGCUUGAUGAAAUAGCCACAAGAUAAUAUGCACUUGGUUGAUCCUUGGGAAAGACUCCAUGAAAAGGAUUACAGAGGAAAAGAUGGACAGGUUCAGACAAGUUUUUUCACAGAAAAUUCCUAAAGUCUCCUUGAGUAUAGCACAAGCCAACACCAUGCAGAAGUACCUGGAAGCAGCAUGCUAUAUUAGCAUGGCACAAUGACCAAGCUAAAUAACCCUGCAUUGCCAGGUUCCUGCAGUCCUUGGUGUGCCAGGGAGUGAAUUUGAGCCACGUGACACUGCCCCAACAAUCAGCAGGUCCAGACUUGAUAGCAUGUAUGUUAUUCAUUGCACAUCUCAGGUUGCCUCUGACCCGAGGGCAGCCUUGUUCAGUGGCUAAUCUUUACAUCUCAGUUACCCCUAGGUUGCUCAGUGCAAUCCUGUUUAUAAGUAACCUGUUUGCAUUUUACAAGCUACAUUCUAUCACUUUCUCCCCCUCCCCCUCACCCCUGAACUAGGUUCUCACACCUAUUGUCUCCCAUUCCCUUUGAACCUCACUGCCACGCAUUUUCAUUUUCACAGACCUGCAUUUUGCAUAUUGGCUUCUGCUCUACCCAGGAGAGCACAGUGGGCCCCCAUAGACAUGUGGGGAGUCUGCUAUGAGGUGCUGGAAAUCCAGUGCAUCAGAGCAGUCUUGAUUAAUCGAGUCUGCUGGAGCACAAAAAUUGAUAUGCUCUGGCAGUCUUCAGCAUCACGUGUAUCAGCAUCCCCGUGUGUCCCCGCUGAAAACAUGGCAGCAGGGUGCUUUGAAAUAAAACACAUUUGAGCUUUAGUUCAGAGUACCCUGUUGCCUUUUUUUCAGCACAGGAGCGCCAAUACACAUGACGCACGGGUGCUUUUAAUUAGCGCAGCUCGUUAAUUAAAGUACCUGGUGCCAUGUCCCACAGCACAUGUAAAAAUUUCCACAUACACCAACAUAUUCACCUUAUGUCUGAAGAAAGGUGUUUGUGCCUGAAAGCUUGCAAAGAACAAUUUUUCCAAGUAUUUAAUCAGUCUAAUAGAAGAUAUCACAUCUACCCAAAGAACCUUGUCUGCCUAUAUCCCACUAAUAAUGCAGACAUGCUACAGUUCACUCCUGUUAGGGUGAAUUUGGCCCAAUAUGCUUGUAGAAGGAGAUCCUUAAUGAAUUUGUGCCUGUUGAUUGGAGAAGGGGGUUAUUAGACGUAUUGCAAUAAAACCAUGAGGUUCCAAUCAUGGCUAAGGCCCCUAUUGCACUAGGUGCUGGACAUGCACAUAGCAAGAGAUAACUCUGUUCCAAGGAUCUUAUAAUUUAAAUGGAUAAGAUGGCCCACAGGAAGACUGUUACCUCUGUUUUGAAGAUGGAAAGUGUGGGUUAAUUCCUAAAUUGCUAAUGUUGGUUUGUGACCAAAAUGAGAUGGAAAAAGGGGCAUCUGGUUACCUCCCUGCCUUUUCCAUGGACUACAGGUGAGUAGUUGGCCAGCAUGUACUGAGCUGAAGAAAAGGGAGAAUGUGUAAGAGAGAGGGAGAAUGAACUUUUCCAGCAGGUUAUUGGUGUUUUCCAUAGGAUCUGUUUAAGUAUUCUUAUUUCUACCAGCUGGUUAUUAAGAUUUCAGGAGGGAUUGCCAUAUGCUGUGGUUUAAGAUUUACCUGAAAUGGAUAUGAAUGAAGAGUGGUGUUUGGCACAAUUACUUUUUGCCUUGGCCAGAGAUGGAACAAAAUGCUUUGACUUCUUAAAAAAAAAAACAAAGACAGAGAGACCAAAAUGAGUUCCUGAGGGCCAGGCCACAUGCUCAUUGAAGUCAAUAGCAAACCUUUAGUUGAUCUUGAUGGUGCAGAACCCUGAAUUGGUUCAGGGCUACAGGGAAAGAGAAGACUCUGGCUUUCUUUCCACAAAUAGUGUUCCAAAGGGACUGGUAGGACAAGUAGGACUGGUGGGAUCCAAUCUAGGAACAUAAGUGGUUGACUUUAUUUUAGAAUAGUUUUUAGUUGAAUUUAGUUAGUUCUAUGCAGUACAUUUUCAUUGUCACCUGAUGGUGCUCUGUUGAUGGGACUAGAAAAACUAGGAAGCAGCUUUUAAAGAAAAAAUCAGUUAAUUGGCACUCACCCCCUGUAGUCUGACUCUGAACUCUUGGCGUUGUGCAGCAAACUACCUGUUUUAGCCAACUGCUAAUUACAUCAGCGUUAUUCAUUAACUCUGACUGACCAGUGUCAGAAGUGGGGAGGUGCAAUUUAAUCUGAAACGUCAUUGACUAUGUUGAGUAUCAGCAUAUUUCCAUUCCUAAAUAUAUGAUUUCUUCUUUAUUUGUGGUAUAAUGUGGGGGGAGCCUACUGGAGAUGCCCUUCCCUUUUGCUGAACCAGACCUUACAUUUUCUUUAAAUCCAUACAUAUGUAUGUAUGUGUAAACGUAUAUUAAUGAAUGUCAGCGUGCAGCAAGGAGUGGCCAAAAGGACUGAUUUAGAAAAGAAAUGUUAGUCUUAGUUUUGUUCUCACUUGCUCUUGGAAGUCAAGGGGUGGACAGAGAGAGAUGAAACACUUAUGGGACAGUGUAUUAACCUGGGAUGUUUUCACUGGUAAAAGCUAAAAAUAAUCCUUUGUUUUCCCCACAAGAAUGUUGUAAAAUUUCAUUCUAGUGUACUUAGUGAACUCCCAUCCGAUAUACUGCUGAAUGCAUUUCCCAGAGAGCUUGGUUUACUUAAGACUCCAAAAUAACAGAAGAGUGCCAAAAAAGACACUUACUGAAACUGCACAGCUGAUGAAACCUAUGUGGUUGAAAGUGUAGUAGAUAGGGCUGGCCAGAAACAAGAGUUUUGUUUCAUGAGGAGUUUUGAGAUUUUAAAUCUUUUUUGAAAGUAAGAAUUAGCAAACCUUUUUGUAGCGGUGGGAAGACCCAUGAAGAAGAAACCCAAGGAGAAUAACCAGCAUUUCAGGAAAUAAACCACUCCUGUGGGGUGUAUGACAUACUUUGGGAGCAGGGACUUGAACUCAGGUUUUCCACAUCCCAUGUGAAUGGGCCACAGAGUCUCUUCCCUGUUGGAACUGUUCCUUUCUAUAUAAAUAAUUAAGUAUUAAUUAGGCCAGAGAGAGAGUGGAAGAAAAAGACUGACUUUGUUGUUAAGGGACUCACUCAAGUUUAUGCUCUGAAUCAGGUAGAUCCUGGAUCCUUGGCAUCUCAAAUACCAAAUGACCACCUUAGCCCCCAGGGUAUCAGUUAGUCUGGAGUAGAUCCUUGUUACUUUUAUGCACCCAGAAUUCUGUCCUGGACCUGAGAAUCUUUCCUAAUAGUUUUCUUGGAGCAAAUAAGUUACCACAGAUAUUUUACUUUUGCUGAAUCUACCCUUCUGAAGUUCAAGGGGGAGUUAAGAUCAGGUUUGGUUUUAGCAGAAGAAUUUGGAUCCUGGUUUAGACUCAGCAAUGAAGCAUAAGUGCAUGGUUUGAGACCAUCCACACUCAUGCCCAGCUUGGAGGCCUCCUCUCCCAUAACAUAUGCUGUUAAAGUCCUCAGAAGUGAGAAUAUUUCUCAGAAUAUUUCCAUUCUGAGAAAUAUUCAAGUACACUCAGGACCAGACUUAUAAAGGUAUUUGGCUGCCCAAAGCAGCAGAUAGUAGGUUUCCAUAAGUGCCCUGACCCUUCAUUGCUGAUGAUUUCCAUGGGAGAUAGGCACAUAGACAUUUCCUAGUGGGAUUUUCAGAAGUGACUAGGUGCUCCUCUCCCAUUUUAAUCAGUGACAGGUGGCUGUCUGGGGACUUUUAAAAUUCCACAGGCUUUGCCCAUCUGUUUCUUUAGACCACUUCAGUACUUUUAAAACUCUGCCCUUGGAGCCUCAGGACAUCACUAGUGAGUCUGCCAUGGCAAACUAAACAAACAAUGCACCGCGCAUGCACUUGCCAUCUAAAAGUAUUGGCAUUUUCUAUCUUGAUCUUGCAAGGUGCUGUGUGUCAUUGGCUCAUGUAGAUUUAGGUAAGAGUAGGUAGGGAUGCUUGAUUGGGCACUUAAUUAGCAGAUGAUGUAGCCAUUGCCCAGUAGUCUAUGUAGUAUUUUUGUGUAACUCAUAGAAAACUAUACUCGCCAUCUUCCAUGACAGUAAAGGUCAAGUUAAGUUUUUCCUACCACCAGUCUUUGAUAAUUCAAAUCUUUUGUAGCAGCAAGUCCAUAAAAAAUCCUAAUGUGUGAAUGGUUGUGAUACUAGUACUAUUCAAUACCUAACUGUUCCCAAAGCUGUUAACAAAAUAUAUGUUAUAACUUGUAAAAGCAAGUUAAAGGGUAAAACUUCCCAGAGGAAGGUGGUACCAUUUCCAGAGGACAAUAAAUAGGAUCUUAACUAACUGAACACCUUGAGAUGUAUCUGCAGAAGCUUAUUUGAAUUAUCAGUCAAGGAAAUUCAGCAGAUCAGUUUGGUACAUGUUACUACUUUGUGAACAGUUUUACAAGGGGCUGUGUGCCUCUCAGUCUCUGAAUCAUGUUCAUGCAAAUUUGAAUCUGGUGUUGUCUGCAAUUCUAUUUUGUUAGGGUCAAGGUUCCUGUGCUGAGACAUCUGGAUGGCUUCAUUCUCUUGGGAUUUGUCUGCAUUAGGAAAGUUAACAGCCACCUUAUAGAUGCUGUCAGCAGUGGUUCUAAGAUAUCACUUGACAAUUCAUUCUGAUACAUAAAUAAAAAUAUCUCUACCCUGUUUCAAACACCCUUCACACAGUUGCUUCCACUGGCACUGAUGCUUAUAUUAUGGCUACUCAUUUUGCUAGUGCAGAUGUGUGCACGUGGUUCUGGUGGGAGUAUGCUCAGAAGUUGCCUGAGUACAUGCCAUUGCUGAUUACGGAACAGUAGAAUUAGAUCUGUUGAAGCAGGAAGAGGAGGGUGAAACCUGUGACAUGUCAUAACCAGGGCAUAGUAAAAGAGAAGAUAACCUGAUCCACCAUGGGGUUUCAGUCACCUCAGAGUGCUCUCAGCAUGAAAGAGCUCCUUUUGCACAGAAUGGGAGACCUGACAGUUGGUCCAUGACCUGACCAUGGUCCAUGAUCCUGCAGUUAAAGGACUGGCAGGAUAAUUUGAAGCAGUCUCAUUAGUUGCUUUGUAAGUAUUUUUGUAAGAGCAUGAGCUGAACAGGAUCCACAGCCUGUGCAUCUGGUCUGCAGUCAGGAGGUGUUAUUGCACGGUAUGUAGAUAUGCCAGCGCUAGCUCUAACCUAGUUAACUUGGGCUCCAAUAGUAGCAAAGUCAUGACAGCAUGUAUGUGCUUGGUGGCUGAUAGGGCCGUGUGAAAUGUGUGAGGGGAAAGAGGGGGGAAGGAUGCAGUGAAGGCAUGCCUUAACACACGUGCUGGAGAAGAAGCUCCUGCAGAAAAGGAAAGAAAGGCUCAGUGACAGUUUGGCUGCCUGAGAUGCUAGUGUUACUGUGCUGCUUACUUACCUGUUGUUAUUUAGUGGUGGACUGGAGUGAGGCUGUAGGGGAGGAGGAGACCACAUUGGGGCACACUACUGUGUUGUGUAGAGGCCACAAGGCCAGUGAGGGCACGUUUUAAUGUAUGCACACAGUCACACGUCAUGAGUUUUGCUUGUCAGCAGCUUGAGGUGCAGUUUCUGAGAAACCUCUGCACCUAUCUCCUUGAAAAUUGGCAGGCUUCAUGCCCUCAGAAGCAGCUACCAUCCGUGCACAUUUCAUCUGAAUCAGGAAAGAAAUGACAGUUAUAGGCAGUUUCAUGCUUCCCCGUUAUAUCUAUGGGCAAAACGUCAAAACAGUGUCAAAACAGCGAAACAGUUUUGACGACACAAAACAGAACAGUGCUUUCGAAAUGAAACAGAACUCGAAAUGAAACACUGUUCUGUCGAAACAGAAGUUGAAACAAAAUGGUGCUGUUUCGCUCAGCCCUAGUGGCUGAAGGCCAGGUCAUUUAUCUUUUCAGUGCUGUUGGUACCCAGGCCAGCAAAGCUAAAGCUGGCUUGGGGACGUCUGCCUGAUCUGUAGUCAUACCUCUUGACUGCUGCAUAGGCAGAGAUAUAGUUACUUUGGCUCUCCAUGUCAGGCUCUCAUUUUACAAAAUGCUCUGCUGCCUUAGGGCAUGAGAGCAUUAACAUGACAAGUUUGGAAUGACUUCCUCCACACAGCUCACUCAUCCUCUCCUCUUCUGUCUCCUUCACCAUCCUUACAGUUGACUUAGCAGGAUGAUAUCCAGGUUCUCCUCACCAUUGAUCCCCUGAAUUGUAAGCUUUUUCUCUGGUGUGCUGGGAGGAGGUUGGUAGAUGGGAGAUUUUCCAAUUUCUCAAGCAAGUUUUCAGUCUGGACCUCAUCAUAACUUCCUCAAUUUCUGUCCAUAUCUGUAUCUCCACCCUUCACCUCAAACAACCGUUAACGACAAAGUGCAAGUGACUUAUUGAAAUGAGUUGCUUUGAUCCCAGACAGUGGUGUUUUUCUUUUAACCUUUCAGACAACUGCUUCUUAUAAGUGAUUUAUCCUUUUUCUUACAUUCCAGCCAUGAGCUGGUAUUCAUGAUGGGACUGUAAACUGGCAACCUUUGUUUCACUGCAGUGAUGCUGGGCAGAAAGUUAUUCAGCAUUCGUGGUGAUUUACAAAGCAACUCAAAUGCUUUGGAAACAGUAGGCAAAUGAAAAGAUUCAGCUAUUCAGGUUGCUUGCAGUUGCUGGAUAGACUUGGAAAGAGGCAGUUCUGUUGUUACAGAGGUUGAGAGAUCAGAAGUUCAGCUGAUUCUGAUCCAGGUUUCUAUAAAUGGCAAGUGCCAUCUUUGACUGUAAUCUUACAUGAUAAGUAUUGACAGGCUGAGCCAGGUCCAUAAUUGUGUCCGCCCUGGAAGUGCUGCUGUAGGUAAUGCUGAUGGAGACUCAAAAGGUGGCAUUAUUCUCUUGGAGUCAGUAUUUAAGCUAAUGCUGCAGGAGAGCCUGUGCAAUUGUGUUACUAUACCUUAACUUUUCUAGAUGGUCCCUCUCCACAGGAGCUGCUGCAAUUUUGGGGGCAAAUUUAUUGCACCAGUUUCCAAAGGAAGCACAGGCUUUUUUCUCCUACAGACACUUCACCUUUUUUCUCAUUUUGAUGUUUUGCUUAAGUCAUUUGGAAUAAAGAUCACCCUUUCUACAGGACAUUGCUGAAUAUCAGGACAUUAGAGGAAUGUUGGUACAUUGGUCUUUUUGAGUGCCAACUUGAAAUCUCACUUGGAUUCUUCUCUUUCUGCCCUAAUCUGUUGCGUGGGGAUGCAGGGGCUCGGUCAAAUGAUCCACAUUCCACUUCAAAGGAAGCUGAUUUUAGAAGUGGACAAGUGAACUCUGUGUGUACUUAGUGUAACCAUUUGGGAUGAAAGGCAACAUGCAAAUAGAAUUAUGAAUGGCAGGACUCUGGUCCUUUUGUUCAAAGAUACAAAUAUUAAACUAAUCUCUUUGGUGCAUCAAGACUGCACUAUGACCAAUUUAAUAAAGUACGUAAAUGAAUAACUCUGGCAAGCACAAAUGUGCUUAGUGUGAAAUUUGCAUGUCACAUAAUGGACAAAGGUCUCCUGCAUUGCUUGUAACUUAUUAACAUCUCUGGUAUUAUGUAACUGGGCCCUAACAGCUGAGAAUUCUUUCUUACUAUUCACAGUGCUAUAUCAUUUGUAAAACAUUACACAGCGGAAGCACAUAACAUGGCAGUGAACCUUUCAGCAAGGACAUUUCAUCAGCACCGCAUUUCCUCUCAUGGGGCUUUAAAUUAUUAAUAAAGAAUCCACUGUUUCGAUCAUUUGGCAAUUUUUUUCAGUGAAGCCUUUUAUCAGGGGCCCAUACUGAGCUGCCUAAUCCUGGGUAAGAUGCUUUAAUCAUCUCAACUGAGAAAGGAAAAAAAAAGUGGCAGGGGGGUUGAACUCUUCAUAAAGAAUAGGUAUUUUGAAAUGAUGGUCAGGUGCAAAUUUCAGCAUAUCUUGAAGCCAGCUCAUUUGUAGGGAGAUUUGUGCAAUGAUUGUGCUUGUGCUUUAAGUCUACUAAGAUGUUGGAACUGUGGAUUCUUUCUAUCCAGGAAGCAGGUUGGUAAGAAUCUGGAACGCAGGAAAAUCUUUGCAUUGAAUUCAAUAGUAUUUAUGCAAAUCAAAGAUUGAUCACUAGCACUGGAACUUUGUCUCAAAACAUUUCCUGAUUCUGGGUACACAGUAUAAGGAAUGAAGCUGACUUUCUGUACUGACCUGUAGAAAAGGAAAAAAAACCCAGGCCCAAUAGAAAGACUUAGUGUUUCUUUUAGCCCUGUUUUGAUGAAUUACCCUUCAUAAAGCUUUGGAUCUUAUUCAUUCAUUGGCUGCCUGCUUUUGAAAAGGGUUGGUUAAAUGCUUGUGCCUGUUCCAGACUGACCCAGCAAACUGCUGGAACUGUGAUCACAGCUCCAAUGAGGCUAAUACGGUUUCACUAUCAGGCAAGGAGGGGUCCACAUGCCUCCUGUUCCCCAAAGAUGAGGUGUUUCUGCGCACUUGGAGGAAGUUGGUAGUUUGAAAGUAGGUCAGUUAAGGAGUCCAGCAAGUUUUCCUUCAUCUCAAAGAUCAUCUACAUAAGAAACAAGGCUGGGCUUUGUGACAUACUCCUGCCCACACAAGGACCAGGCUGAGCAAGAUAAUUUGGUGGAUGUGUGACUCAGUAGCCUGCAUGUAUAGGCAGCACUAGGAAAGUGCAGGUCAUCUGAUUGUAUUUAGCCAUAACCAGGUCAGGGGCUCCUUUUCGCAUUAUGGUUAAAUAUUAAUUUGAUUAUCUAGUAAAGAGGAGGGUCCCAAAGCUGAACCUUUGAAUGGAGCCCCAGCCUACUGCUGGACUUCCUUCUUAAAAAUCCAUCCAAAUUCUUCUCUCGCCUUGCCUCUUCUCCAUUUAGAGUGUAAGGCCAGGCCUAUGCCACCUUAUGGCCGAGCCCAAACCUGCCACUGAGAGAAAUAAGCUCUGCUCACUUCCUACCAUUCCAUCAUGUGCUCCCAAACCUGACAAUUAGACAGUAUACCUAGCUUAGGUCCUGGGCAUGUGUCCUGGGACUGCUCUGAGGCUCUCUGCCAUAGUGGUGCUGGAUUGCACUCAGGACCACUUUACCAUCUGUGCUGCCUAAUUGUUCAGCUCAGGCAUACAUGGAGCAGGAGCAUACAAAUGGGGUUAAUGUCCUCUGCUUUGGGCUCAUUAAGGAGGCAGACUAUAGUCACGGCCUAAAAGCCUGAGUCCUGUAGUCACCACCAGGCAGGGGGUGGCAGCUGUUCAUCAGUGCUUAGCUGUUCUGUGCUGUUGAUUAAGCCAAGAAGUGGAAAGGAAUAUUUUAAGUGCAGUUGGAGUGCAGGGUGGCCAAAUGUGUCGAACCAAAUAAAUGAAGUAAUAAACCCCAGAUUCUCUGAGAGUCUCGUGCUCAGGGAGUUUGGAAUUAGAAUACCUUUCUCUGCUUAGGGAAGUGCCCCCUCCUUGCGGUGUACGCAGCUGUGUGAGCGUCAGGCUGUUACUCUUCAGCUUUGCAGAUCACCACUUCUCCCUCCCCUGAGAGCUCAGUUAGGCAAAAAUUACAUAGAGCUGCAAUAUCUAGAGCCUCAUUCUUCUGCCAUUGCUUCAACUCAUUUGGCUUCAGUGAAAGUCCUGCUUAUUUACAGUGGUGUGAGUGGAGAAUCGGGUUGAUAAUAAAACUCUGUUAAUGUGCAGUACAGGUUGCUGACUGUUAUUUCCAAUGAGCAUGAACACUACCCGUUCAAGGAAUCCCAUGGAAACAUUUCCUCAAGCCUUCUUCUGCAAUACACAGUAUUUUAGUAGUACCUACUUUGCCAGUGAUGCACAAUGAUAUGAAUAGCACCCAGGAGCCCCAGCCACAGAACAAGGACCCCAUUGCGCUAGGUGCUGUACAGAUGCAUAAGAAAAUGGAAGAGGAGCUUCCAACCUAAGUAAUGCAUGGGAACCUUGGAUGAAAUCCUGACCCCACCAGAGGCAAAAGGAGCUUCCCCAGCCCCUUCAGUUGUGACAGGAUUUCAUUCCUUAGCUCCACCUAGGCAUACAUUAACAGACAUGUAGAUAGAGAGUAAGAUUGAUGCAUUGUUACAAAUCAAAGUAAUGAUGAUUUCCAUUAUGAGCAGAGUUUGUUGAGCCAUUAUUUUGAGAGGCUGCCCUUGACCUGAGUGCUUUGGGGCAAGUUUCUCCUCCUCACUAAGUAAAGGACAACAAGGCAUGUUCAUGCCCAUUAGGAGUCAGAGGCACCUGGAGUGAGAGACCCAAGAGAGAGUGAGAGGCCCAAUGACCCAGGCGAUGCACAGUAUAACAUCUCCUGAUGCAGUGCAGCGGGGUGGUGUGUACAUUUUCACACCCAUCCAGAAGCCCCACAGGAGAGCUAGUGGAAUGAGGUAGUGGGAUGGGAAAUGUGGGAUGCUGGAUAACAAAAUAUGCCGGUUAAUUGAGUGGCCCGGGCUGCCUCUUUUCCCGCCAGGUCUGGGGCGUCCCACCGCCCAUUCCGCAGCAUCGCUGACCCUCCCUCCACAUCACCACUUUGGAGGUGGGCCCUGCACAGCCUGUUGUGCCUCCAGGCUAUGGGGGUUCAGUAGCGCAGGCUGCUUUGCCCCUGCCUAUGGGGGCUCGGAGAAACCGGAAGUGCCAUAGUAGGCACUUCCGGUUUCACUUUAUCUUACAAGCCGGCAUGCUGGUUAAUUGAGCGUGCCGACUUGUAAGAUGUCGGUUAACAGAACUUUUACUGUAUUUAAAAAAGUUGGACAUAUACAAGUCCAUGGGGUCAGACGGGACACACCCUAGGGUGCUGAGGGAGUUGGCUGAUGAGAUUGCAGAGCCAUUGGCCAUAAUCUUUGACAACUCAUGGCAAUUGGGAGAGGUCCCAGAUGAUAGGAAAAGGGCAAAUGUAGUACCCAUAUCUAAGAAAGGGAAAAAGGAGGAUCCAGGGUACUUCAGAUUAGUCAGUCUCACCUCAGUCCCUGGAAAUAUCAUGGAGCAGGUCCUCAGGAAUCCGUUUCAAAGCACUUGGAGGAGAAAAAGGUGAUUAGGAAGAGUCGGCAUGGAUUCACAAGGGGCAAGUCAUGCCUGACCAACCUGAUUGCCCUCUAUGAUGAGGUGACUGGCUCUGUGGAUGUGGGGAGACCGGUGGAUGUGGUGUACUUUGAUUUUAGCAAGGCUUUUGAUAUGGUCCCCCACAACAUUCUCGCAGGCAAGCUAAGGAAGUACAGGCUGAAUGAACAGCCUGUUGGGGGGUUUGAAAACUGAUUGGAGUAUUGGGCUCAGAGAAUAUUAAUGAAUGGCUCGAUGUCUAGUUGGCAACUGGUAUCAAGUGGAGUGCCCCAGGGGUUGGUCCUGGGGCCAGUUUUGUUCAAUAUCAUCAACGACCUGGAAGAUGACAUAAAGUGCACCCUCAGCAAGUUUGCCAAUGACACCAAGCUGGGGGGAGUAGUAGAUGUAUGGCCUAGACAAAUUGGAGGAUUGAGCCAAAAGAAAUCUCAUGAGGCUCAACAAGGACAAGUGCAAAGUCCUGUACUUAGGACGGAACAAUCCCAGAAACCAGUACAAUCUGGGGGCUGACUGGCUGGGCAGCAGCUCUGCAGAAAAGGAUCUGGGGGUUACAGUGGAAUAAGCUGAAUAUGAGCCAACAGUGUGUCCUUGUUAUCAAGGCUAAUGGCAUACUGGGCUGCAUUGGUAGGAGAGUUGCCAGUAGGUCAAGGGAAGUGAUUACUCCCCUCUGUUCACCACUGGUGAGACCACAUCUGGAGUGCUGUGUUCAGUUUUGGGCCCCCCACUACAGAAGAAAUGUGGACAAAUUGGAGAGGGUCCAGUGGAGGGCAAAACAAAUGUUGAGGGGGCUAAGCCACGUGACUUAUGAGAAAAGACUGAGGGAAUUGGGCUUAGUAGUCUAGAGAAGAGGAGACUGAGAGGGGAUUUAACAGCAACCUUCAACUACCUGAAGUGGGGUUCAAAAGAGGGUGGAGCUAGACUGUUCUUAGUGGUGGCAGAUGACAGGACAAGGAGCAAUGGUCUCAAGUUCCAGCAAGGGAAGUUUAGUUUAGAUAUUAGGAAGAAUUGUCUUACUAGCAGGGUAGUAAAACACUGGAACAGGUUACCCAGAGACAUUGUGGAAGCUCUAUCCUUGUAGGUUUUUAAGAUCCGGCUAGACAAAGCUUUGGCUGAGAUGAUCUAGUUGGGGCUGGGCCCUGCUCUGAGCAGGGGGUUGGACUAGAUGACCUCCUGAGGCCCCUUCCAACCCUCAUUUUCUAUGAUUCUAAGGCUGUGUGGUAUGUUCACACCCUAGGACCCAGACUUAAUCUUUUUAAAUCUUUAGUUCUAUGGCAGUUUUUCAUUUUGUUUAAUAAUGUUCCCUGGCUUGCUUUGGACCCUUUUAAUUUCACCUGUAUGUUUUGAAACAGAUGGAUCCUAACUGAGCAUAGUAUUUGAAAAGAGCCUGUGCUCUCAGAACAUGCCAUAGCAUUGCUACAUGUUAAGUGCUGUUCUCUCUCCUUUGAUUAAUAUGGUCUCCAUUGUGUUCAUUAUAUCCUGACCAUGCAUUGAGCAGUUAAUUGAAAGCCUGUAGGUGCAUGUGAAUAGUACAAAUUGUUCCUGCCUUACCAUCCUAUGCAGUUCUAUUUCUUAUGGGUCCCUUGGUACUUUGGUAAGAGGGGAAGGGCAUCGCCUGGUUGUCCUGACCAUAAUCCUAUCUGCAUAUCUGAACUGGGUCUGCAUUUUAAUCUAGGAUAGUUUCUCCUCACUUCCUGUUGGCUGUGGGUUAAUGCUACAAACUGUUAAAUAGUUACUUUGUUUCACCCCAGAAGUGGCUUCAUGUCAGUAGGAUGAGCUCCUUGUUUGCACAUUGGUUUAUAUUUAUAUCCUUUGGAUUGGAAGCCACUGUGUAGAUGCAGGGUGAGUUUUGUUUUAAGUGCUUCAAGCUAGGAUGCUGCUGUAGCACUAUGCUAAGUCAAGAGCAGCUGUGGCAGAACUCUCUCUCGGCCAUCAAAAAGUGGAGCCAGAUUUGUGCUGCCAUAUUGAACAGGUCUAAUGGCCAACACAGUAUUUCAGUUUUCAGCUGUGGUUUGAAAUUGAGUUAGCCCUGAAGAAUGCUGAGGCCUAAGUGUCAUAGAUUGGCUAAAGUUAUUUGGCUCACUGCCCUGGGGGUUUAGAUCACUGAAUCAGAAGGGAGUGGCAUCAAAAUACUCUGUGAGAUGGCAUGGGUGAAUUGCAUGCAGGUUUCCUUCAUGCAGAGGACCAGCUGGUUGUUGAUUAAUAGAGGAUUGAGGAGCCUUCCAUUUCUUGGCUGAUGAUUUUAAUUAAGCAACAGGUGAGGAACAAUAGAAAAUUGCCCCCACCCUUUUGGGAACCAGGGUAAUGGUCUCAGCUCAUCCCCAAAGAGGAAUUGUUUACAUUUCCUACCCCCACUACCACCCCCACUACCACUGCUUACAGAAGGGGCUUGUCUACACUGCUCCUGCCCUUCAUCUGGGACCACUGCCAGGCAGCACACCCUGAUUGCUCAGUCCAGCUCAGCAUGCAAACAGACCCAGAAGAAAGGUGAGGUAGCAGUUCUCAGUGCUUCGUUGCUGGGAUGUGGGGCAUGCUUCUUGGUGUGGUCCCAGGUGCAGUGCAGAGGUUGUGUAGACAUGCCCUACCCAGUUGGGAGUGUCUGGGACUGUCAGUGUCGAGUGAGAGGCUAAGCAGGGUGGGACCCUGAAUAGGGAAGCAGGCUGGAAGGGACCUCCAGAGGUCAUCUAGUCCAACCCCCUGCCUGAGUCAGGAUCAUCCCUAUCAAACCAUCCCAUAUAUACCAUAAUCUAAACUCUACAUAAGACUACCUUCAACCCUGACGCAACAUAGACCUAACACCCUAACCUGCCACAGGUGAAGCAGGGGAACCAUGGCAGCCAAUGUCCUGCUUCUAUGAAAUGUUGUCAAUAUAUGUUCAAGAGACCCAGGGUAGAGAGCCAUGCCCCUUGCUAACAGAAGAAGGCAACCCCCUUUGCCAGUGGUGAUGCAUAGGGGGUGCACAGGGCUGCACGUGCACCCCCAAGAGCACUGGUGCAUCCCCUGUCAGGCUGCGCUCCCUGUUUAGGCGAUGGACAGGGAGGCAGGUGGGAGCGCCGGUGCCCCCACUGCGAGCACCAGCCAGGGAGCACGGCCACCAGCAAAAGCUGCUGCAUUGCUUCUGGAAGUGGCCACAGGACUUCCAGCAGUGGCACAGACGCUUUUUGGUGAGUGAUAUCGGCCGCAGGGGGAUGCCCCCCCGACUCAAGAGGCACCAGUUGCCCAUGCCCUCUGUCUCCUCCCCCCCACCCAGUUAAUACCAAUAUGGCCAUGAGGUAAAAUUCUUUUCUGACCCCAAAUAUGGUGAUUGGUCUGACCCUGAGUGGAGUAAGACCCUCUAGCCAGGAACCUCUGAUUUUGAUCCCAGCAAGAGCAUUGGUACACCCUAGUCAAAGUCCCCAGCCUUUGGCUGCAGCCAACACCCAAUGUCUCUGAGGUAAGCUUAAAAACACCCUGACACAUGUAGCAGAUGGGGGAAGGGAACAAUCAGCAAAGCCCAGAAACAUGAUAAAUGAACUGUCUUCUCACCCCCCAAGAACAAUCCUGGUGAGGUAGAGGCACUCGUCUGAGGCUGUGCCAUACCUUGCCAGGGUUAAGCAGAGAGCAUCACUCCACAGCAGUCUGUGUCCCUUUCAUCAGAACAAAACUCACCUGUAUCAUUUUUGUGAGGGAAGUUUCCAUUGCUUGGUCAAAUCACAUAUUGUGAAUAUUUCCAGGCCUUCAGUUUGAAUUCCUUUGCAGUACUUUCUGCCUCUACCAACAAGACCUUUCCUUGUCCUUGGAAAGCCAGCUUGCUUGAGGGGCCUGCUUUCCUUUCUUUAAUGUACCUGCCCUCUCUCUGCUUUCAGGGCACAUGCUGUUCCAUUCUCAUCCAGAAUUGUCUGCAUGAGUGACCUGGUCAGGAUGUAUUGGAUUUUAUUGUUGCCUGCACAACUCUGCAAACUCCCCAAACUGCUAGAGGGCGGGAAGUUUAGAAAUAGGUAUCUGGAAGCUUGUAGGUGGAACUAUUGUCCUCACUAGCACUAGUGUUGUUGUGAGGUCGUCCCCCGCAUGGGAUGAAUCAGAUCCAGAAUCUGGGAAGUGAGCUAAGUUCUUAUUAAUCAGUUCACUGCUAGUGACUGUCUGGGGAACUAAGCUGCUCUGAGCCUUUCGGAUAGGGCAGGAUAUCAAUCUGAAUAAAUAAAUAUAAGGCUCUCCCAGGAGAGCUGAUUAGUUUGGUUGAAGCCAGAGGGUCACAAUUAUUCAUCCAUGUUAUACAGAGAGCAGGGAGCAGAGAAGACUUACCUGCACUUGCAAAGCAGUUUACCCUGGUGGAAUGGUUGCUGGGAUUAGUAAAGGGAUUACUUUCUUACUUACUUUAAUUUCAUCUUCUGCUUCAAAUCUAGCCAAGAGCAGUAGCAAGCUUGACAAAGGCCAUUGAACAGGUUCUUUGUGAAAUGAGUUUGGCUUGCACGCCUCAAUCUAGUUCCUAGUGGAUAAUUGUCUAGAGCUAAACCGUCACUACCUUUGGCCCUCUUUUGUCAGCCAGGGGGACCAAAGGUCUGAGUGGACUGUUGCAGUGUACUGUACUGUACUCCCUAGGGCCUAUGUUAUCAGUGCUCUGUCAUUCUUCUUUCUUUAAACUACAGUGUGUUGCUGUAGGGGUGUUCUGUUGUAGGUCUUUGGUUAACACUGCCUGUCCACACUGAGCUAGUCAGGACCAAGUGUCACUGUCCUGGAAACUAAGAUGCUUUCCAGUUCCAGUUUGAGGGCCACUGGAAGCUGUGUGUUGGGAAAGCUUAUUUUUCUGGUGUCUUUGGAUGGUGGAUAGGGAGAUAAUUUUUGGCUGGCUUCCAAAGUGGUGAGAAAUCCCAGGUCCUUCUCUUUUAGAUGCUCAAGAAGUAUCUUAAAAUGUCUGUCUUCACGAAAGGCAUGGGCUUAACUUCCUGAGCACCCGGUCCCUCUUAGGCAUGUCUACUUGGGCACCUACAACUGAGGCACUGAAAGUCACUAGGUAGUUUGAAAGCAUUGGCCUCGCUCACAGUUAUCAGUUCACCAUCUUUCCUGAGUGCUAGCUUUUAAAUAUAUAAUUUCAACUGGGGGAGGUGAGUGAUACUGUUCGCUUCUGAUUAGCUGUAGCUACAUUUGUCAUUUUAAUGUCUUACUCAGCAACACAACACUACUGAAAAUCAAGUUCUUGGAACAGAGGUUCCAUUCUUCAGUCCCAUAUAUGUGUAAAUUGUUAACAAGUUUUACUGUGAGUAUGGUGGCAGGUGACCCAUAUAAUUGUAUCUGGAAAGAGCAUAAUGGCACAUAGUUUCAUAGGUUCUACAGUACUCAUUGUGCUUGUUCUGACCUUUGAGAUGCUUGUCAGCACGUUCUGUAUGGGUUUUUAAACAAUCCAGUAAGAGCUAAUGUAAAAGGCAGAUAUUUUUCAGGCCAUGGGUGAGCGGAAACUGAGAGAGAGCUCCUUAUCCAGAGAAGCCAUGCGAGUGGAGAGAAUACUGGUCACACUGAGCUGGAGACUUUUAAGGGCUAGGACAAAUGUAAUUAACCCUCUUUACUAUUGCCAGUAGUGGGGCAUUCAUCAGAUUAUUUCAAAGCACUGUACAAAUGUGAGUGAAGUAUAUCUGUGUCAUAGAUUGAGGUUCUGAGGCCUAGAGAGGUUAGAGCGAGUGGCCGGGGUGUCUCAGUGGCAGACUAACGUGAAGUCCCUUUCAUUUUAUCAUUGACCAUUAACGAUGUCUGAAAUGCAGACUCAAAAGAGAUAGGUGAUGCUUAGAAUUAUGUACACCAAAGGAAUGGAUUCCACACCAUGUUACCUUUUCUGCACAAAUCCUUUUAGUCUGUCCCUCAUUGUAGGUCUGUGACCCACACUGGCUUCCAUCUGUGGACUCUGACAGACUGAAAGGUCAGGGCAGAGUUGGAUAUAAAACCCCACAGCUUGGCAUGUUAGAGCUCAUUGUAAUCACUGACCCCAUAAAACCUCACUGAUGUUUACACAGAAGCAUGUAUGCUAACACACGCCACUUAGCUAUAAUCUUUAAAGGUAUCUGUGUUCUGGAUAUGUUUUAACGUGCCUGUCACUGUGGAAUCCAGAUGCUAGUAUUGACAAGAACAGAGAUAAAAUUCACUUUAAUGGAUAAAAUUACACUUAACUACCUUGAUUCAAUCUGGCAGAAAGAACAUAGUGUUCAAAUAAGCAGCAUAUAAUGUAUUAUUUAAGCAGCAAGGAAGGAGCAGCCCUCUGGAGCAGAACAGGUUUUAUAAAGUCACUUCUAUACAACCAAAACCACCCAAGCAAAGAUGGUGGCAGACAGGCUCCUCCAUAAGUAACAAUGAAAUUAAAAUUCUUAAUCAGCAGGAUGCUGCUGCCAAUGAUUUAAAAAGAUGCAUGUCUUGGGGAUUUGAGAAAAGUGCAUCCAGUGCUGUAGUGGUAAUGUCUAGGAGUUGCCGCUGUGGACCAGACCCUCUUGUGCUAGAUAGUGUACAAACACAGAACAAAGGUCCUGCCCCAAAGAGGUUAUAUAAUGUAAGUAUCCAGCAUCCCUUCAGAAUGAAGUGUCUUUGAAGCAUUUGAGGUAUUAUCAUAUAUCUCUUUGCUCUGCUUGUCCGAUAGCAGGUUCCCCUAGUGUCAGCCUCUCCGUUAUCUCUCCAUUAUCUUUUUGCACCCCCCAGCAGCCAUUUUUAAUGGGAAGACUCGUAUUUCUCAUAGCCCUUUAAUUCUGGCAGUGUUUGCCCAGGUCAGUCUCCUUUGUAUCAUCCCUGGUUGUAGUCAUGUUGGGGCCUGGAUGUCUUGUUUUUGCACGUAGCUUCUGAUCCUCUAGGAGUCUGGGGGUAGAGGAAGUGCUCCAUGCUUUGACAGUUGUGGGAUCACAAAUAGAAUGUUGGAGGAUUUCUAAUUGUAUUAACCAGAAGGUUGAAUUGUCCUAGUUCUUCUGAGAUCACUGAGGCUAGAGUUCCUGAGAACAGAACUGGGACCAUGUAGACUGUGUUUACAUAACUCCAGGGGUAAUAUUUCUGUAAUGGGAUUCUGUCUCAGUCACUAUGCUCAGGAUUGAAAAUUAGCAUCCCUGGCCUGAAACACAGUGGUUUGACCUGUACUAUCAAUUUAGAUUGGCAUUCAUUGGUAGCUGUUUGGUGUAGAAUGCAUUACAGAAUACUCUGAAGACUCGUGUAUAAUUUAGUAUCUUCAUUUUCUAUGCAAAUAAAAUCAUAAUUUGAGUGAGAAAGGGAAAGCAUUGAGCUGUAGACCCUACUCAUGACAGAGUGUAACCCUAUUGGCUGCAUCCAGACAAGUGUGGCUCUGUGGUAUGUCGUGCCACAUACCACACAUUUAACUGUUAUCUGUGCUGCAAAGGGGUGGGGUUGAGCCCUGGCUAUCCAGGGGGCAGAAAAACCCACAGAAAAAAAGCAGAGCGGGCCACAUGGGAGUAGUGUGCGCCACUCAAAACUGGGCCCCAGCUGCCAGCCAGGCUCCACGCGGCAGGAUUGCCACUGCUGCAGCCCCAGGAGGAUCCCCAGAACCCUAGGUCAGGCUGCUGGGGCCAGUGCAAUGUUGUCCCCAGCCUCCACUACCUGCCAGAGGGAACAUGGCACAGGUGUCCCCCAGGGACAACUAGUGGUGGAACAAGGUGUGCCACUGCUUGUUCUCCCCAGGGAAUCAAGCAUCCACGCACGUGUGAAUGCAGCUUUUGAGGCCAAUAGCAAAACUUCUUCAUCUCAAAAAGACCAGCAUUUCAUCUUCUGUGUCUCAUUGGAAACAUGUUAUAAGUGUGUACAUAUCCUUGGCCACAUUGCAAUCAGGUCUUCUUCACAGUGCAGGCGUUUUCUCUGUUGAACUGUUUAGCCAGCGCCUGCUUGGGAUCUGUUCCAGUAGCAUACUGCUGGCCAGGGCAGGGACUGUCCCUGUGUGGUACAGGAUCCAAGACAGUAGAGCUUGUGACUGGACUCUUAGUGUGCCACUACCGUGUGCAACCCUGAACAUGCAACAAGGUAGGGGCGAGGUUCCAGCCACAUGUCCUGCUUUGCUUAGGCAUGGCUAGAAUCUUUUUACCUGAGAUUGAGAUGCCUGGUACCCAGCAAAUGGUCCUGCCUCUCCUGCAGUUCCAGCGAGCAUGCUUUUAGUGAGAGUUAUGCUGUCUAAGCAGCAGCAUUAGUCUAAUGGGUGACAGUUGGCCAUUAACAGGCCAGCUCCAAAGAGGUAUGUUUUAGUUCCUUUAAAAUAGACAGUCCCAGUACUCUCUUGUUAGAAACAAAUGCUGUUUCAUUGCAUCACUGAUUUACUUUGAGCAUCAGAUUCUGGGGUGAUGGGCUGAAUAAGAAAUCUGGACCAUACUUCUUGGCUUUGCAAAGGUACUUUUCUCUCUGUUCUAAUCCUUUUGAAUCAGGUUGUGAGAUCUUGUCUCCUUCCCAGAUUCUCCCUGCCUCCCUGUACCCCAGUCCUCCUUCCCCUUUUCGGGAGUGCUCAGUUCCAACUCCAAGGUGUCAAAGAUGGAAGUAGCCUAAUUAGCAGAAACACUGUUCCAGAGAUGAAAAUAACAAUGUCCGUGUUCUUGUGAACCACAAGUGGACUGCUUUUAGAGCUUCAAGUCCAAAGUAACCAUGAGUAAUAAGCAUUUGAUUUGAUGUCUAUGCCACACUUUCUAGUAAAGGCUCCAGAGCAGGUGGUGAAGUCUGACUUCUAGUGGAUGACAAUUUGGCCUUAUUUUUUAAAACGUUAUUUGUUUCCAUCAGGGAUUUGAGAAGUUUGGGCUUUGACAUAGUAGCAGAUCUCAUAUUACAUGGCAUGCACAGUGACAAAAAACGAAAAAAGCCAUCUCAUUAAAUACCACCACUGAGUUGCUGCUUUAGAUUAGUACGCAACAGGUAAAUCAGCAGUAGUACCCAAAGUAAAAGUCAGUGAUGUAUCCAUUACUUUAGGAAAAGCAAAGCUGGUUCUAUGCCCUGUUGAGAGUAAUGGAGCUAAAAGCUUUCAAAUUCACUUUAUUGCCAUUCCCUACUUAAAAAAAAAGGCAAGUUCACUUUUGAGUAACAGGGCGAUCUCCUUCGUUAUGCUUGGUAUGGCACUGUGUGCAGCCUUUGAAAGUAGUAAACACAGCUUUUAUAGGGUGAACAAGGAUGACUUGUGCUUUAUUCAACUACACAAGCUUUCAAGAUGACUAGAUACAGCCAAAUUUUCAGAAUCUAGUGAACAUCCUGGGAUCCAAGGGAACAUUCUUGACUGUACAUUUUAUCUAGACAAAGAAUAGCACCAUCUAAUCUUUUCUAAGCACAGCCUUAGCAAACUUAACUGACCAAAAUUUUCUUUUUAAACAGGUUCAGUAUUUUUUCAAGAUUCUUGACAAUUAAAAUAAAACAGUAGAACAUGGACAAACAGCUAUGGUUUCAUUUCCCGAAGAGGAAAAAAAGCCACAAAGAGGUGUGUUUGUGUGUGUGUGUUCAUUCAUUUAUUUCUCCAAUGUUUUAACCUGACUGAAAUACAAGAUCAACAAGAGCACUGUACUCCUGGCUAUUAUUACAUAAUGUUAGAACAUAGAGGCUUGCACUUUAGACAACAUUUAACACCAUUCUAUGGGGUACUGCAUUGCUUUUAUAAAGUUUAAAAUAAAGAUUUAUUUUCACA